AUGAAAUCAAGGAAUGACACACAGAUUUCAGAAUUCAUUCUUCUGGGAUUUUCAGAGGACCCAGAACUGCAGCCCCUCAUCUUUGGGCUGUUCCUCUUGAUGUACCUGGUCACUGUGAGGGGGAACCUGCUCAUCAUCCUGGCCACCAUUUCAGACUCCCACCUGCACACACCCAUGUACUUCUUCCUCUCCAACCUGUCCUUUGUGGACAUCUGCUUCACCUCCACCACCAUCCCCAAGAUGCUGGUGAACAUCCAGACACAGAGCAAGGCCAUUACCUACACAGUCUGCAUCACCCAGAUGUAUUUUUUCAUACACUUUGCAGGGCUGGACAUCUUUCUUUUUACUGUGAUGGCCUAUGACCGGUAUGUGGCCAUCUGUCACCCCCUGCACCUCACUGUCAUCAUGAACCAUGGGCUCUGUGUGUUGCUGGUUCUGAUGUUCUGGACCUUGAGUGUUCCAAAUGCUCUGUUACAAAGCUUAAUGGCAUUGCGACUGUCCUUCUGCACAAAUGUGGAAAUCCCCCACUUCUUUUGUGAACUUAACCAGGUGGUCCUCUGUGCUUGUUCUGACACUUUUCUCAAUGACAUAGUUAUAUAUUUUUCAUCUUUACUUCUGGCUUACUGUACCUUCACUGGCAUCCUUUACUCUUACUCCAAGAUCGUGUCCUCCAUCCGUGCAAUCUCUUCAGCUCAGGGAAAGUACAAAGCCUUCUCCACCUGUGUGUCUCACCUCUCUGUGGUCUCCUUAUUUUAUGGCACAAGCCUGGGUGUGUACCUCAGUUCUGCUGUUACCCCAAACUCAUGCUCUACUGCAACAGCCUCGGUGAUGUACACUGUGGUCACCCCCAUGCUGAACCCCUUUAUCUACACUCUGAGGAACAAGGACAUUAAGAGUGCUCUUAGAAGACCCUUGGGAGGGCAAUUAUAG